CAGCAGCGUGAUGAAGACUUGUGUGGUCCUCGCUCUCUUCCUGAUGGCAGGUGUGUCUCUUGGAGACAUCCAGAAGAGAGUCAAUAAUGGAAGGCCGUGCACCGCUGAUGAAACCAAAUCUUUUGUUUUCAUUACCGAGUGUGCUGGUACCGUCAUUGGCAACGGGAACUGGGUUAUCACUGCAAAACACUGCGAGGAUGAUGGAGGGCUCGACAGGCUAAUCAGGUGGUUUUCCCCAACCAAAAUUAAGGACGUCACCUUAACUCAAACAAUCACCUUGGAGAAAACUUUUAAACACGCGACUGCUGACAUCAUGCUGAUCAAAGGGAAGACCGGCAUGCCUGGUAUGCCCUUGGUGUCUGAAGCUGUCUGCAGCCAAGUCCUGAACCAAAUAAGCCCCACAAACACUGUACCGAUGGUCGUUCCUGCUCGGCACACGAAGGAGGAGGACAAAACUUGGAAAGAUGUUUCCAUGUGUGCCGACAUCAACGUGAAUGGACGGGGCACUAUUAGGAAAACCAAUGUCUUGCUCUGGAGUCCUGGUGCCUGCGACACCUGUAAGGGGGAUUCUGGUGCUGGAUAUAUUUACAAUAACGCUCUGUUUGCUGUUCAUAGUGGAAAGAUACCGGUUGGACAAGGCAAAGUAGAGAAUGUUGGACCCAUCGUCUGUAAUGGACACAUACGUAAUUGGAUUGUUAAUACUAUGAAUAAUAAUCCCUAAAAGUGUCCUAGUU